AUGACAAAAUCUAAAUCUGACUUAGAUUUCUUGAUGAAACCUCUUUUAGGUAAUUUGGAGAAAGAGCUAUCAACUCUUACAUCCAUUUUAGAGAAGGAGCUGUCAUCUUUAUCAUCCAUUUUCAGAGACGUCGCAAGGGUGCACCAUGAACAUAAAAUUCCUAAAGAUCUUCAGAGACGUACUAUCAAUUUGGCAUAUAAAGCUGAGAUUGCCAUUGACUCUAUUGUUUCUCAGUAUAAUGUUUUUUUGCAUAUUUUUUGCUCACUUCCUUCAAUCUUAAAAGAGAUCAAGAAAAUUAAUGCGGAGGUGACUGAGAUGUGGUCAACAGACGUUGCUCUCAAGCCUUGCUAUCUGGUAGCACCAUUUAAACACCUACCAACUCGACAUAGCGAUCCAGUGACUGAUGAGGAGAUAGUGGGUUUUGGGAAUGACACAGAAAAAAUGAUUCAGUAUCUGAUUAGAGGUACAAAUGAGCUAGACAUCAUCCCAAUUGUAGGCAUGGGGGGACAAGGGAAAACGACAAUUGCGAGAAAGUGGUACAAUAGUGACAAUGUUUCUCAUUUUGAUGUUCGAGCAUGGUGCAUCGUCUCCCAAACAUAUAACCGGAGAAAGCUAUUACAAGAGAUUUUUAGUCAAGUUACCGGUUCCAAGGACAAGGGAGAUAAGGAUGACAUCCUUGCUGAUGAGUUGAGGAAAAGCUUAAUGGGCAAGAGAUAUCUUAUUGUAUUGGAUGAUAUGUGGGAUUGUAUGGCAUGGGAUGACUUAAGGCUUUCUUUUCCAGAUGUUGGUAAUAGCAGCAGAAUCGUAGUAACAACUCGACUUGAGAAAGUGGGUGAGCAAGUCAAGUGCUACACUGAUCCUUAUUUUCUUCCAUUCUUCACAACAGAAGAGAGUUGCAAAUUAUUGCAGAAAAAAGUGUUUCCAAAGGAAGAUUGCCCGCUUGAACUACAAGAUGUAAGCCAAGCAGUUGCAGAAAAAUGCAAAGGAUUGCCUCUGGUGGUUGUCUUGGUAGCUGGAAUAAUCAAAAAAAGGAAAAUGGAUGAAUCUUGGUGGAAUGAGGUGAAAGAUGCUCUCUUUGACUAUCUUGAUCGUGAGUCAGAUGAAUAUAGUCUGGCGACUAUGCAAUUGAGUUUUGAUAACUUACCCCUUCGUUUAAAGCCUUGUCUUCUUUAUAUGGGGAUGUUUCCGGAGGAUGCAAUAAUUCCAGUGUCUAAAUUAGUAAGUUUAUGGAUAGCGGAAGAAUUCGUGGUGAACAUUGAAUCUGCUGAAGAUUAUCUGAUGGAUCUCAUUAGCUGUAACAUGGUAAUGGUUUCAAAGAAAGAAUAUAACGGUAAGGUUAAAUACUGUCAGGUUCAUGAUGUAGUGCUUCACUUUUGCUUGGAGAAGAGUAGAGAAGAAAAGUUUAUGUUGGCAGUGAAGGGGCAUUUUCAACCUUUUGAUUGGAAUGAAAGUCGAGUGAACUUCCAUUUGAGUAAAGAGCAUUCCAAAUUUGCAUCUCUGGGAUCCAAAACACGGAAGCCUUUCCACCAACCGUUGAGGUCACUGAUAAUGAACCAAAUAGCUUUUGAUGGGAUUCCCUUAAGGUCUUGGAUUCAAAAGAUGCGGCUUCUUAAGGUCUUGGAUUUGAGUUCCCAAGACGUGUUUUAUUUGUUUUCAGAUACAUUGAAACCACUAAAUCACCUGAAGUACCUUGCAGUUUCGGCAAAGAGAUUCUAUUUUCAUCCAGUAUCACAUCUACCCCAUCUUGAAACUUUAAUUGUGAAGAAUAAUUGGACAAAUACAGUAGUGUUACCAGCAUCUUUUUGGGAAAUGGAAAAAUUAAGGCAUGUUGAGAUUGGGGCUGAAUUUGAUAAGCAGGGGCUCUUUGAAGGAUCCUCUAAAUUGGAAAAUUUGAGGAUAUUAAAGAAUAUUGUUGGAUUUCCAAUUGAUAGGGUGGAUGUGUUAUCAAGGAGGUGUCCUAAUCUUCAACAACUUCUCAUUGAAUUUGAUGGAGAUUCUGCAGAUUCUUUUCAUCUCACAUUGGAGAAUCUUACCCAGCUUCAAAUACUUGACAUUUCCUUUAAGGGACCCCACAUUGUAUCUGGGUUACAAUUGCCUUCAACUUUAAACAAGUUGGUACUAAGAAGGACUGGUAUAGGAAACCUGAUUUCCUUCAUUGCGGGACUACCAAACCUGGAGUAUCUCCAAUUACACAACCAGGAUCAUGUUCAAAUCAGAGAUUGGUGUCUUGGAGAUAUCACGUUCCAUAACCUUAAGUUCUUGAAAUUGGCAUGGUUAGAAAUCUCAAGGUGGAAUGCCUCGGAGGAAUCCUUUCCCCAGCUUGAAACACUUGUUAUGGAACGGUGUGACGACCUCAAGGAGAUCCCCCGUAGCUUUGCAGAUAUUCCAACACUGAAACAAAUUAAAUUGAUUAGGUGUGAGAACAAAUCUCUGGAGGAUUCAGCUCUGUGGAUUAAGAAAGAUGUUGAAGAGAAUCAAGGAAACGACCGUAUUGACCUCAUUAUCAAGGAUAGGCAAGGAAAUCCAAAGCAGCUGUGA